GUCUCGAUGACUAAUCAUGGGAUUGUUACAAGUCAUACUUUGCGCAUCAACAAUGACCAAUGGCUCGAGGACCAUCCGGACAUAUCCGUACAAGUGUCGAUUUCUAGUCCUCAAUUCCGUCACUAAGGUACUACUUCACUAACCUCAACGGGCCACCUCAACAACGCCUUAUCACCUGACUACUUUCACUAUCCCCAAACUCGAACAACAACUCAAAUAAUCUAAACCCAGAUCCUCACCAACCAUGCCUACUCGAACAAGACCUAUCGAGAAAUUUGCACAAGCAGUUGCCAAAUGUUCUACUGAGGUAUAUCUUCAUUCAUUCCCUCCACAACUUCACCCUUCACCCUUUGCCUCUCCAUCCGUUCAACCCCUCUAUCUACUCAAACCCUCCAUACCCUCACCCCUCCACGGCCUCUACUCCAUGAAAAUCCUCCCCAACUCCGCACCAUCUAUUAACACCUCCAAAACAGGCAUCUGUAUACGGCAAAUGCAUCGUAGCAGAUUACAAUUCCGUGCAUAAAGAUAAAUGCCUGACUGAAUUUAUGAGACUGAAAGAUUGUUAUCUCGUACGUCUAAAUUAGCCCUUUCGUAAUAUCUAUAUUUUUGUUGCUCAUAACUUAUAUUUAUUAGGUUGCUGCAAAGAAGAAGUAGAUGGGAUUGUUCUCCUGGGAAGUUAAAAUCGGUGGAAAGCCGUAGCUGGCGGCCUUGUUCAACUGCAUGUUCCACAGUUGCAGUGUUUCUACAUCUCGUUUGGUAUCCUCCAAACCUCAUCUGCUGCGUAGUCACCUGGCAAUGUCCCAAGCAAAUAAAAAGAUUUAU